ACUUCUAGCAACUUGGGUUGGUGGAGCUUACAUCAAUGGUACCGCUGAAGCACUUUACAAUGGUGGUCUUCUAGGUUGUCAGGCGCCAUUUGGUUAUGCAUUGUCGUUAGUCAUUGGUGGUAUACUUUUUGCAAGAAAAAUGCGUGAUGAAGGUUAUAUCACGAUGCUUGAUCCAUUUCAGAUGAAAUAUGGGCAAAGAGUUGGCGGGCUUUUGUUUAUUCCUGCACUUCUCGGAGAAGUAUUUUGGACAGCUGCAAUUUUAUCAGCUCUUGGAGCUACCCUGUCGGUAAUUCUGGCACUGGAUAUGACACUGUCAGUUAUAAUAUCCGCGUUUAUUGCAGUUUUUUAUACAUUUACUGGAGGUUUAUAUGCUGUUGCAUAUACUGAUGUCGUGCAGUUAUUUUGCAUAUUCGUUGGUUUGUGGGUUUGUGUGCCAGCUGCUUUACUGCAAGAUAAAACGAAAGAUAUAUCAAGGAAUGCUGCAGAUUGGAUUGGUACAAUUGGAGGCUUCAAAGAGACAACACUUUGGAUUGACUGCAUGUUAUUACUUAUUUUUGGAGGAAUUCCAUGGCAGGUAUAUUUUCAACGAGUUUUAUCGUCCAAAUCAUCAUCAGGUGCGCAAAAAUUAUCAUUUGUUGCGGGUGUUGGUUGCAUUUUAAUGGCUAUACCGCCCGCAUUAAUUGGAGCUAUUGCUCGAAAUACAGGCAAAAUAAACAAGAAUAUUGUAGAUUGGAGAUUGACCAAUUACGAUCCAUGGAAAAACGGCACAAAAAGUGAAUCCAUUCCUGCCCAUCAAACAAAUAUGGUUGUGCCGUUAGUUUUCCAGUAUCUCACGCCGAAAUGGGUGGCAUUUAUCGGACUUGGUGCAGUAUCCGCAGCUGUGAUGUCGUCUGCAGAUUCGUCAGUACUUUCUGCAGCAUCUAUGUUUGCCCACAACAUAUGGAAAUUGGCAAUACGGCCAAAUGCUCGAGAAGAAGAAGUAAUCUGCGUGAUGCGAAUUGCUAUUGUUGCAGUUGGCUUUAGUGCGACUUUAAUGGCACUUACAAUAAAUAGCAUUUACGGCCUAUGGUACCUCUGCGCCGAUCUCGUUUACGUCAUACUUUUUCCACAACUUGUUUGUGUUGUAUACUUCAAGCAUUCUAAUACUUAUGGAUCUGUUACUGGCUACAUUGUGGGAUUAUUACUAAGAUUGUUAGGAGGCGAACCACUUUUGUCUUUCCCAGCAUUUGUUCAUUAUCCCAUGUAUGAAGAAGUAGUCAACGAAGAUGGUACAAUUACUGGAACGCAGUACUUUCCGUUCCGAACACUGGCGAUGCUUGGAUCAUUUUCUGCUUGCUUAGGCAUUUCAUACUUAUCCGAAUAUAUAUUUACUAAAGGAUUAUUACCAGUUAGGAUGGAUUUUUUGAAAUGUAUCGUCAACAUACCACCCGAGAAUAUCGCCCUACAUUCAGAUGUGAGCUUCAAUUUAAGUAACGAGGCUCUUAAUACGCAAAGAGUGAAAGAUCCAUCAGACGAUAACCAUAUAAAAGGAAAAUUUCUCAAAUUACCAGUUUCAUCAGCAACCACAGAGUUAAGUAUGUUACAGCCUACCAAUUGUAAAGAUUAUUUAACGUUAAAAAAUACGUAA